UAUCGCCUGUAAAUUAAAGAUAUGUUUUUCAACAUCUUGCCAUGUGUUUGCUUUUGCCCCUAAUUUCAUUAUCGCCGCCCUGAUUGUGCGCCUUCCUCCUAUCCCCUGCGAAUCCUCUUAGGGGUGGAUUACUGGACUUAGAUGUCUACACCGAGACGGAAGAGAGUGAGGGAGAAAUAGGGAGAGACAGCAGAUGAGCACGAGGCACCCGGAGUGAAAGAAGCAACACGGGAGGAAAUACAGGCAAGAAAGGGAAGAACAUGGAGAAAACCCCUUGGCUCAAUGCGAGCCAUGAGUGGGGUAGAAGAUGGUGUGUAACUGGGGGAGAGCUAGCAGAGCCUCACAUGGUGAAGCACAUCCUCCUGUGUGCCAUCUCUGCUCUCUUUGCCAAAUCAGGGACAGACUAACCCGGUUGGCAGUGAUGUCUCUCCUGUACUUAACCAACCCUCCGGGCUGGAGCGUGUGUUCUGCCAUCUAUAUCCUCAUCCUGCUGCUCCCAGAGGCCAAAGCAGACGACCUGAACGCAACCACGACAAGCAUUGGGGGUUCCCAGUGUGGGGAGUACACUAACCAGCUGAUGGAGGAUGGGAUGUGCCGGCUGGUGGCCACGCUGCCUCAGCUGGACGAUCGGAGAUGCCCGGAUAUGUUUCGCUGCUCGGACGAGGUUUCCUACUGGCUGCAUGAGAACGAGGAGAGGAAAAGGCAGAUUGUGGCUCUGAAAGAGACCAUCUCUGAGCUGCAGGAGGAGCUGAGGAACCACCGGCACCGCAUCAAAGUCCUCGAGCUGCAGAGUGAAGAGAGGGCCCACUUGAACACCUCCUUGGAGCAGCGUUUUCAUGAGCUGGAGCUGCAUUAUGCUGAAGCCACCACCCUGCUGCACCUACAGGGGUCUCUGAUCAUAGAUCUUCAGAACCAACUCCAUAAUCUGACACUUUUGAUGGAUAAAGUAAAAAGGAGUCCCGGUUGUUUGAUCAACAUCGUCCAUCCCAAUCCUCUCAUGGAUGCUCAAGAAGCUCUGCACCCAGAGAUUCUGCAUGCCAGGAACUGUCCCAUAGACUGUGCCUCUAUCUACUACAAUGGAGUGAGAAGAUCAGGUUUCUACUCUGUGGUGCCAUCGAUGGCAGGCAUGCCUUUAGAGGUCUACUGUGACAUGGAAACAGAUGGUGGUGGCUGGACUGUGAUCCAGCGGCGAGUUGACGGCUCAGUGAGCUUUGACCGCAGCUGGAGGGAAUACAAGGAUGGAUUUGGUGACCUGCACUCGGAGUUCUGGCUGGGCAACGACCACAUCCAUGAUAUGACCACUCAGGGACGCUACAGCCUCCGAAUCGACAUGGAGGACUGGAGCAACAAGCACAAACAUGCCACCUACCAGAGCUUCAGUGUGGAGGACGAGGAGCAUCUGUACCGUCUCCAUGUGUCGGGCUUCAGUGGCACGGUGCAGGACUCUUUCAGCUGGUACCACGACAAGCAGGCCUUCAGUACGCCGGACAGUGGCAACAUCUGUGCCGAGAUCUCACACGGUGGUUGGUGGUACAACCAGUGCUUCUAUGCCAACCUUAAUGGAGUCUACUACAGGGGAGGCCACUACACCCCAAAAACCAGAGGACCGCUGGGUCCCGAUGGGAUCGUUUGGCACUCCUGGAAAGACUCUGAUUACUACUCCCUACGCAAAGUCACUAUGAUGAUCCGACCACGCAGCUUCCGAAGCCGUUUGUCACCAUGACGACGGCAUGGAGGCAGGACCCGGCAUCCCUCGUCACAACAUAAGCACUGUUGCUGUCUGGUGACUCAGGAGCUCAGAGAACAGUUUUUCAGUGAAUGGACCUACAGAGUAACCUGGAAACCACGUCUCUUCUGAGGAUUUUCACUUAUGUGCAAAUGACCUCAUGUUCUGCUGGAUAUUUUUGGGAACCAACUUUACACUGUAGAGUUCAUAGAAUUUUCUCACUCAGUCUCAGGAAGUGAAUUCUUCCUCAUUUUGUACGUAUUUUUUGUACUCUAGUUUGAUACCUUGACACUUGACAUACUUUUAGGAAUCCAGCCAAAACCUGUUUGUUUUACGGCACUCACUGGCAGAAUGAAGUGGCUCCAAAUUCCUUCUAGCCGCUAAGUGGAAACGAUUGUAACUGGCAAGCAGAUCACGUGAGACUGUUCACUGAAUGCUCUACAGAUGUCGUGUUCUUAUUGCAUAUCACUGACAAUCAUCAAUUCUAUUCUUUUUGAAGGUCGUCCAACUAAAAAUUUAAUCUAUUGUGGAAGCUUUAAUUAAACUCAAAAAAGGUCUUGCUAUUACUGAAAUUAUUCAGGGCAUAGCAACACCUGAAGUACACAAACAAAAUGAGAACACCUCUGUCACCUGAAUGUCAGAUCAUUCAGAAUUAUAUCACCUCUAAGUAAUUGUAUAAUUUCGAAGCUGAGAAGUGGAGUAUUUACUUUAGAAAGACCAUAUUAAAAACACAGGCCUCAAAGUAGAAACUCGAAACAAAAGUGAAUACACCUGUGAUCAUGAAAACAAAGCUGAGUACAUUUGUGAUUUUUAAUGAAUCUAAUUAAAUGACCUGUCAAUACAAGAUAUUUGUCAACUUUA